AUGGUGCCAAGUCAGGAGACCGUAGCUCCACAGCAACAUGUGAGUUUUCUGCAAGCAUACGGGUUCGGGGGCCUAUGGCGUUUCGCGAGGCCGUUUCUGCACAAGGCGUCACUGGGUCAGAUGUUGUCGCCAGAGGCUUGCACGUGCUUGGAAAGAUUGAUUGGCAACUUGGGCGAAGUUCCGCCGCUUACUCCGCCUCCGCUUUCUCCGCAUGUCGGCGGUUUCCCUGCAAUGUUUUCAGAUUUGCAACCGGAAGAGUCGUCGUGA